CCUAAGAAAUUGAAGAAAAGAAGAGCUGCUAAUGUAACAGAAGCAUUGCAUUGCACUAAUAUGUCUGUGAAAAGGAACUCGGUUCUUCUGCUGAUACAACUGAUGUGUUACUUUAGCUCUGGAAGCUGUGGAAAAGUGCUGGUGUGGCCCACAGAAUACAGCCAUUGGAUCAACAUAAAGGCAAUCCUGGAUGAACUUCUCCAGAGAGGUCAUGAGGUGACUGUUCUGACAUCAACAGCUUCCAUUCUUAUUAAUCCCAACACAACAUCUGCUAUUAAUUUUGAGGUUUACCCUGCACCUUCAAGUAAACAACAUUUGGAAGAACGUUUCUCCAAAUGGAUCCAUGAAUGGAUUUAUGAUACUCCAAAAGAUGACUUCUGGGAAUUUUAUUCAUUAGUACAAAAAGUUUUCAAGGACUAUUCUGAUACAAUUGAACAACUCUGCAGAAAUGUAAUUUUAAACAAGAAACUUAUGAUGAAACUACAUGAAUCAAAAUUUGAUGUGGUUCUUGCAGAUGCAGUUGGUCCCUGUGGUGAGCUGCUGGCUGAGCUACUUAAAAUACCAUUUGUAUACACUCUCCGCUUCACUUUUGGCUACACAUAUGAAAAAUACAGUGGUGGACUUACAGUUCCUCCUUCUUAUGUUCCUAUUGUUAUGUCAGAAUUAAGUGAUCAAAUGACAUUCAUGGAGAGGGUUAAAAAUACAGUGUAUAUGCUUUAUUUUGAUUUUUGGUUCCAAAUAUUUGAUGUGAAGAGAUGGAAUCAGUUUUACAGUGAAGUUCUAGGGAGACCCACUACAAUAUAUGAAACAAUGGGGAAAGCUGAUUUUUGGCUCAUUCGAACCUAUUGGGAUUUAGAAUUUCCUCGUCCACUUUUACCAAAUUUUGACUUUGUUGGAGGACUCCACUGUAAACCUGCCAAACCCCUCCCUAAGGAAAUGGAAGAAUUUGUACAGAGUUCUGGAGAAAAUGGUAUUGUGGUGUUUUCUCUGGGGACAAUGGUUUCUAACAUGCCAGAAGAGAAAGCCAAUAUGAUUGCAUUUGCUCUUGCACAGAUUCCACAAAAGGUCAUAUGGAGAUUUAAUGGCAAGAAGCCAGAUAAAUUAGGACCCAACACUCAGAUAUACGAAUGGAUCCCCCAGAAUGACCUUCUUGGUCAUCCAAAAACAAAAGCUUUUAUAACUCAUGGUGGAACCAAUGGCGUCUAUGAGGCAGUCUACCAUGGUGUCCCUAUGGUGGGCAUUCCUUUGUUUGCGGAUCAACCUGAUAACAUUGCUCAUGUGAAGGCCAAGGGAGCAGCUAUUAGAUUGGACUACAGAACACUUACAAGUGCAGAUCUUCUCAAGGCCUUGAGGAUGGUCAUUAAUGACCCUUCAUAUAAAGAGAAUGCUAUGGAGUUAUCAAGAAUUCAACAUGAUCAGCCAGUGAAGCCUCUGGACCGAGCUGUCUUCUGGAUUGAGUUUGUCAUGCGCCACAAAGGAGCUAAACACCUCCGGGUUGCUGCCCAUGACCUCUCCUGGUUCCAGUACUACUCUUUGGAUGUGAUUGGGUUCCUGCUGGCCUGUGUGGCAACUGUGAUGUUCAUCAUCAGUAAAUGCUGUCUGUUUUGUUUCCAGAUGUUUUUCAAAACUGGAAAGAAGAAAAAAAGGGAAUAAUUGUACCUAGGCCUGAAGCUGGGAAUCCUGAUAAAUGGCUCCUCCUGUUAACUUCCACAAGAGGAGGCUGUAUUGCCAGGUUUCUACCUAUGCUAACAACUUUUCACAAAUCACUUUGUCAAGUCCAAUUUUGGCUUUUGUUAGACCAGGACACAAGAAAAGACCACUGACUCCAAUUCAAAUCAAAUUAAAACAAGCUUAUUAUUUCAACAGGCCGGGCUGCCUCUCCCUCCCAAAAUGGCGGGAACAAGACAGCACCCCAGCUUUCCUGCAGCCCAGCUUUAUAGCCCAGAAUGUUACACAAAGGGGGGUUACAGAUAACAGAACUCUGACAAGCAUCACACUAAUGGUAGUUUACAUUUUUUGCUGGCCCCAACAUCAGAAUUUAUGAGGACCAUUAGAGCCUCAGAGAGGAUCGUUGUCUGGCCAGGGAAGGCCAAUAUUUAUGAGGUGUCACUAAGUUUCAGAGAGGGCUGCUAUCUGGUCAGAGAGCCAGGCAUGGGUGAGUUCAAGGCACAGACAGGCAUUCCAAGCAGGUUCAGAAUUUGCAGUAAUUUAUAGUAAGGCCGAAAUUAUCUUUUCAUGGUUUUGUGGCGAGAUGCCCAAUUUUAAGAAAAGAUCAGGUUGGGUCUAUCACUUUAUAAAAUAUUUCUAGAAUUUUUCUUCAAUAACAAAAAAUAACUAUUACUGUUAGUAACAAUUGUCUGAUAUUUUUGAUUUUACAGUUAAAAAAAAUUAGACUUAACAUCAAUAGCAUUAAUGUGCUUGCCAGAGGAGACACCUGAUUAAUUUGCAAAGUUAAAAUGCUAACACAUUAACUGCUAAUAAAAAAAUCAAGAACUCUUGACUUCUUAGAUUCCAUAAAGUAAUAUAUUCAACCAUAAAAUGUAUUUUUAUAAAUUGGUAAAUAAAAAAGUUUAAGAUUU